ACCUCUAAAUAAUAAAGUUUGAUAAUAAAGUUUGAUAUUUGCAGCUUUUCCAGUCAGUGUAUUGACAGUACUGUUUAUUCCAUGUUCUUAAAAAUGUUAAAAUGUUAUGGAUAUUUUGUUGAUCUAAUUUCUUAUAAUGUUUUUGUUGGUCACCCCGACCGAGACAAAUUCCUGUAUUAUUCAUCAAUUUAAACUGUUUUUAUUUUAUAAUAGUUUCUCAUUAAUUUAUGCCAUAUUUGCCAAAGGGAGUACUUAUGAGGCGAAUGCCUUUUUAUCAAUGAAUAAAAAGUCACAUGCAAGUAACUAGAAUUGGUUAGGAUGUUAUAUGCAGGUUUCUGAUCUACACAGUCAGAAGGCUUAUGUCCUGAGUCAACAAAAAAAAUUAAUGUUAAUUAGAAUGUGUCAUCUUUAUUGAUGAACUUCGACUCAAAACUUUAGAUUUUCAACUGACAGGAAUUGGUCCUUGCUCAGCAUUUCUAUUUCAUGUUGACAUUUUGCAACUGCCAAAGUUGUUUAUGUGUUCACGAAAAUCCUUGAUACACAUCAAAAACUUUUCACUGACGGUUUUUUCUUUAAAUUGGAUGUGAAUUUAUUUGACAAAAGUUUUGCAUAUACUUUCUCUCCUAUUUUAACUGUUGGACCUUUAUGGUAGUAUGCACUCACAAAAUGUAAACUGCUAAUUUGAAACACAAUUUUGGCAAAUGGUUCCUCCUUUCAGCAAUUUAUUUUGAAUUUGAAAGGGUUUUUUAAUUUGCUUAUAUUUUAUUUAUUUUUUUAUACAUAAUUAUGCACACAAAUCUGUACUUUUAUCAUUUAUGUUCAUUUCCCUUUUUUUAGGAGUUUUAUUAUGCAACUUAUUAAAUCUUUCUUGCAGUUUAUAUAGUUUGCCACCUUUAGCAUGUUAACACUUAACUAGUAACUGUUUUGAGAUGACAUAGAUUAAAUAAUAAUAUUCUAUUUCAAUAUAAUACAUCAUGCCUGAGGGGCCAGAACAUUUCAAAGCUGCUUCUUUGAUAAACAAAUGUUGUUGCAGUUGUUUGUUUUCUGGUAAGGUUAUAAAGUCAAGCGUGAACAAAAAUCCUGAAAUAACGUUUAAUGUGAAACAGUAUACUAUUUAUGCAAAGGCUAGAGGAAAAGAGUUAAUGAUAACUUUAACUGAAAGUCUGAAAGACUGUAUUGUUAAAACAAAAGCCAAGAAGGGCUGUGUUAACAAAGUUCAGACAGGUUGCUCCACUUCUAAAGUUAGCGUAAAGCAAGAACAAGAAAAUGAAUCUGAGGUUAAAUUGAAUAAAAAGAACAAAGAAGAAAAGCAUGCACCUCAACAAAUAAAUAUAGUUUUUCAGUUUGGUAUGUCUGGCAAAUUUGAAUUCACGAAACAGGAGGAUAUACAUAAACAUGCACAUCUGAUGUUUUUUACUGAUAAAGAAAACAUGAUUUUAAGUUAUGUUGACACAAGGAGAUUUGGGAAAUGGAGAAUUGAUGAUAAUUGGUCAGAAGAUCGUGGACCAGAUCCGGUUUGCGAAUACAGUGAAUUUCGUAAAAAUGUUCUUGGAGGUCUUAAAGAAAAAGUUUUUUCAAAAGCUAUUUGUGAAGUUCUUCAUAAUCAAAAAUAUUUUAAUGGAAUUGGGAAUUAUUUGAGAGCUGAAAUAUUGUAUAGGUCAGGCACACCACCAUUUGAAGAAGCAAGGAGUGUUUUGGAAAAACUGGAAGUAGAUAAAAAAGAACCUUUCUGCAAAGAAAAGGGCAAAAACAACAUUGAAUUUGAUCUGCUAGAUUAUUGUGCUAUUGUUCCCAAUGAAGUUAUGAUGUUAGGGGUUGGAUAUGAUCCUUCUGAUAGUAACAGUGAUUACAGUUUAUUUCAAAAAUGGUUACAGUGUUACAACAAUCCUGAAAUGAAUAAUCUUAUUGAUCAUGACGGCAGGACCAUUUGGUUUCAGGGACAGGCAGGAACUCUAGCUCCAAAAGGAGAAAAAUUAAAAUCAAGACAUGUCCGAAAAAGCAAGAAAAUUAAAAAUGACAAGACAACGCCUACCAAGAGAGUUAAAGCUGAUAGCACUGGUGCUUCAAAAAAGGAAGAUGAAGUUUUUAAUAAGGAUUUUUCAACGAAAAAAGAAAAAAAAACUACAAAAACUGAUCAGCAUGACAAUCAUCUUAAAUCAGUUCGUUGGUCAAGCCGUCUUGCAAUGCAAUUGAGAAAAAAGUUAUAGUAUUUGGUUGUGCUGAAGUUUAUUUUGAAUUGAAGUGCUUUUGGCCUUUGUUGGAUUUUACAUUUUUAUUCGGCAUAAAUAUAUAUACUGCCUGAUUGUGUUAUAAAUAGGUAGCAUUAUUUUCUUUCGAAAUAAUCAUCACACAAUGUGUGUAGCUAGCUUGACUUUUAACCGUUUUGAUGUAGAUAGUAUGUAUAUAUUGUUUUUUGUUUAACAGACCUUUGUUAUUCUUACAUGUACAUCU